UCUCUCUCUCCUCACAUACUUUCUUGUCCAUCUUAACUCUCUAGGCAUCUCUUUUCCUUGUCUCCUCCUUCCUCUUAUCAUCACUUCAUCCUCUCUAGUACUUUCCCCUUUGCCUUAAUCUUCCUUUAAUUCUCCUAAUUCCAAUUAAUUUAACCCUUUUUCCUCUAAUUUUCAUAUUAAUUUCCCCAUCUUUUCCCCUUUUUUUAAUUUCUUCCCAAUAAAAACCCUCAAAUUCUUCAAGAUCUGAACCAAAGAUUUGAUUUUUAAAGCACCCUUUGAAGAUGGCUAACCGGUGGUGGACCUCCGCCCAGAUGGGUCUUCCCGGAGUUGAUCAUACAUCCACAACCUCCUCUGCCUUGAGAAAACCAGAUCUCGGAAUCUCAAUGAACAACAACGGCGGUGGUGGCAGCGAUGACGAUGACGAUAGAGACAACGGUGGCAGCGAUGAGCCUAAGGAAGGAGCUGUCGACGUUCCCUCUCGCCGCCCUCGUGGCCGUCCACCCGGGUCUAAGAAUAAGCCUAAGCCUCCUAUCUUUGUUACUAGAGAUAGCCCUAAUGCCCUAAAAAGCCAUGUCAUGGAGAUUUCUAAUGGCGCUGAUAUGGUUGAGUGUGUCGCUCAAUUCUCCCGUCGUCGUCAGAAAGGUGUGUCUGUGCUUAGUGGUAGUGGGACGGUAACGAACGUGACCCUUCGGCAACCGUCGGCCCCUGGUGCAGUCUUGACACUCCAUGGUCGAUUUGAGAUCCUUUCGUUGACCGGAACUUUCCUCCCUGGACCAGCUCCGCCCGGCUCGGCGGGCCUAACGAUCUACUUAGCUGGUGGUCAAGGGCAAGUGGUGGGUGGUACUGUCGUCGGGCCACUCACUGCUGCCGGUCCGGUGAUGGUGAUAGCUGCGACGUUUUCCAAUGCGACAUACGAGCGAUUACCGUUGGAAGAGGAGGAGGACGGAGGAGGAGGAGGACAAGGUCUGGCAUCAACCGGAGGUGGUGGUGGAGGGGAUACUUCACCACAAGGCAUUGGUGGCGGAGUGGGAGAUCCAUCAGCUAUGCCGCCGUUGUACAAUUUACCGCCGAACUUACUGCCGAAUGGUGGCGGUGGGCAGAUGAAUCAGGAGGCUUAUUCUUGGGCUCACGGCGGCCGGCCGCCGUUCUAAGGCGGUGGAUAAAGGUUAGGAAGUGUUUAAGAUUUAUGCAAAUAUAUAAAGUGUGUGAAAAAUACUUGAAUUGUUCUAUGCAAAUAUAAGGAGUUAUCUUUA